GCCGAAUUAGAGUCUUUGCGUGGCAGUCUUACCCUGCAGAGUUAGCAGCAGGCAAGAAGAAGUCGCCAGCGCAACUAAGAGUAAAAGUUAGUGUAGGUGACCCAUCGAGUCAGAGUCGAGUCAAGACAAGGCAACAAACAUCCAUAGAGCUCUGGCAAGCCGUGUCCUUGUGGCGUGAAGGUUCAUCCAGAAAGAGCAAUCAACAGUCGAACAACCGCGACAUCUGAAGUAGCGCUUAUCAUCCCCGGCUACCCUGACUUAGGCUCACGCUUUUCUGCAAGUUAGGUAGUACUGUACUCGAUUGGGUAACAGCAGCAACGAAGACGAAAGUAGCAAGGAAGAAGCAGCUAGUCCAAGGCCAGCCAUGGCGGUAUGUGGCAGCAGCGAGAGCGCAACGAGAACGAAUGAUUCCUUCCACAACGGUAGCAGUCAUCAUCAAAAGCCGGUAGUGGCUCGAAGACGGCGGAGCAGUGGAAGUAGCAGCGUCGGUGGGAGUGUGGGUAGCUUUGACCAACCCAAGAAGAACAUGAAACGACGGAGUCCCCGUUGCAUAUCGGCAGCGGGGGGUAUCCCCAGUCGAUGGCUUGUGGAUUAUCGACGAAAGCAAGCUCAGUUAUCCGCAAACUCCUUGCUGCGACUGCAGAGUUUGGUGGACAGUACUCGAAAGGCAAGGCCGCCACCCGACAAUAUUGAUUCCUACUAUUAUGACACGGAAGAAGAAGAACAAGACGACAAUAACCGAGAUAGUGGGGAAGAAGGAGGAGACGAUGGCAGUGAUCAGGAAGACCAAGAACUACGACAACAAGGCUCUAGUGGAGCCAGUAUUUCCUCUUCCUUGUCUUCCCUGUCAACAGCAGGGGAUCCCCUUCCGCAGCGACUGUCAGCAUCGCGGUCUCUAUCGCCCAAGCCUCCGUCGUCCCGUCCGUUAUCUCCCAAACCUCCGACUUCGAGGUCAUUAUCGCCCAAGCCUGCUCCCAAGAAAAACUCCAUAAAAGUGCCCUCAGACGAUCCUCUCGAGGGAGAUUCCGAACAUUCCAUUGGCAUCCAUCAAGUCUUUACCGCAUCCGCUCAUACCAACGAUACCGGUACCACCCAAGAUAACAGUCAAAGUCGGUAUCAACGCUUUAGUAUAUCCGUCACCAUUUCCGAUUACAACGAAAAGAUUCAAUUCCUACUGCGCAAUCCCGAAGUCGUCAAGGCGGUACGGAAAGCGCUGCAGCAACCGACGGAAGAAGCGUCUGAAUCCAUUUCCCACGCCCACAACAACAAUACUAGCAACAGCAGCAGGUCACGGCGACAAAUCAAAUGCAUCAUUCCUCACGAUCGAUUCCAGUUACCGCAAAUGCAAGCCGUUCGACCCGAACAAAGACUGAGCAGUGGCAGUGCUAGUGCGACUGGCAGUGCCCUUGGCUAUCACCAUUCGGGCACCAAUCUAGCGGCCAAAUUGCACUGUAUUGCCGAAGAUUACGAAGUGUCGCACAGCGAAGUCUUUACCCCCGAUGAGGACAGUACUACUGUCACGGGCGACAACAACGACAAUCACAGUCAUCAUCGACAAGCCAAGCGUCGUUCGACUGGUCAAUCCUGGUCAUCUUCCUGUAGUUCCUUUGCACAAGAUUCGUUUGGAGGUGGGAGUAAUAAUAGUAGUGUCGAGGAAGAUCUCGACAACAGCAACAACAAGAACGACAAUAACCAUCAUCACCAUUCGAAUGCGGAGCUCGACGACGACGACAGGUCCGAAACGAGUACCAUUGCUAGCAUCCUUUCCACAACGCUGCUAGAAGGCGACGACGACGAAGACGAUGCGGAAGAAGAAGACAUUUUCCUAAGAGUCGUGGUCAAACGAAAAGAGGAGAAAGUUCAGGAUGUCCUCAACGCAAUUGCAGCCACGGACGAUGAAGACACCGUGCCAUCGCAGCGUUCCGACGCGCAAGUAGCGACAUCCACAGACGAGGAUUCGUCCUCCUCCUCCUCUUCGUCGGAAAGUGAAACGGAAGAAGUCGAAACCGACGCCGAUAGUGCUCGUGCAUCGUCGUCCAUUGCAUCCAGUACCAUCCAGGGAUCGGUAGCGUCCAGCACGGCCAAUGGCUCCUUGGCAGACCGGUCGACUGCAUAUUCUGUGUCAGAGAGUACCAUAGCCGACUCGGUCGCGGCCGUGGUGACGAGUUUGUUGGACGAUGGCGCAGAUGACGAAGAGGAAGAAGAAGAGCUGACGGAAACAGAAUUUACGUACGAAGGAUCCAAUGCCGCGCUUGUAGCGGAUGACGACGACGAUGAUGAUGUCACGGAAUUUGCACAUGAGGAUGAUGAUGUUUCCGAGUUUGCAGAGGAGGAUGACACGGAAGCAGCAUAUGAUGAAGAGGCAGCAAGCUUUCGAGAGGUCGUGGCGGAGUUUGACGAAAGUGAGGCUGCCUUGGAUGAGACGGAAACAGGAGAAGCAGAGGAGCCGAUUGAAUAUGCUUCCGAAGUUGGUGAGGAAAAUACGAGCAAAUUGACGAACGGUCAACCACGACGACAACUCUCAGAGAUUCGUGAAGAUGCCGAUGGGCCAACCGACAUUACGGAAAGAUCAACUCACGAAUCGGACGCAGGAUCCACGAGAGAUGGAGCGGAGGAACCACAGACCGAUGGAGAAGAUUCCUGCUUGACAAACAAUACAGACAAUUCCUCCCAACACAACCUCACCUACGGCUUGUCCGUGUACCUAUCAAACCAUUCUCCCCGACGAGAGUGCUCUAGCAGAGGCCUGGUCAAGAAGGCGGACUGCGGUGACUCAAAAACGUGCAUGACAGCGUCGGAGACUUCCGUUUCGCGCUCCACUAACGGUUGUAUGGACGAGUCAGCUCAGACAUCCAACACAAACAAAACUGGUUCCUCAAAAGGGACAAAUGCCACCCUUCGGACCUACUCCUCCCAUCGCACCGCCGGAACCAAUCGCACCAGUAAUAGUGCCCCCGGUGCACUGCUGACAACAUCGGAUCGAAACCAUUCUUGCAGGUCGCUAAGCAGCACGAGGAGCCAACUCGACGAAUCGAUCCAUUCUCGGAGUUCCUUCUCCAUGGACGAUCUGUCCAGAGCGUCGUCUGCACCAGUCGAAGAGUCCCGCGGAUCUCGCAGGAGACGAAGGCCGAGCCUUAUGCUGGCGGAGAGUUCCCGUGACACUGAUGUUUCUGGUUCAUCAUUAAUCACGGAAAGCGAAGCUGAUGACAGUACGGUUGGUUCAUCUGUGGAUCAUCGCCGUCGGCGCCCUCCCCGGCUUAGCCGGUCUCGCAGUUCUGACGAUCUCCAACCAAGCACCCAGACCCGAAGUAGGAGAGGAUCGACUCGCGGGCCUCCCAUGAUUCGUGACAAGUCCGGGUUGAUUCCGCGUAGCAAUACUCCGCAAGGGACACUGCUGCGAACUCGAUCGGGAGACCUCAGUGGUCGUCCCAAGGGAUCAUCAGAUGCACGACCGCGGAUGCCACCGCGUCUUGCAAGUCGCGACAGCUCCAUGGGUGGAGGUCUCGCUGGUUCCAGUCGCCUGACUAGAUCACGUUCGAUGAUGGGCGCUUCCAGUAGCGGGAUGGAUCGAAGCCGAGGGCUCACCCGGUCCCGAUCGGGACAUCGAGAUUCGUUCAUGGGAGGAUCAAAGAUCAAGAAAUGGGAUUCCUCGUCAGCCAACAAAAGUGGACACGGACUUUCGUUGUUGGAGCGCCAUUUGCAUGAAGGCACCGCAAAAGCCAAGAAGAAGAGCCGCGGUGGUCGCCGGACGUCGGUUGCGUCCAGAAGCCAUCUUCAGCCUUCGGUGGCCUCGCUGAGCGUGCCUUCGUUGCUUGCGUCUUAAGGCGGAAGUCGUGGCUUGAUAGUCAAUAAAUCUUGGGUUCUUGUAGUCCUCAAGAGAAACAGAUAUCGAGAACCAUGGGUGCAGCGCUAUCGCUCAGUCAUGUUCCUAAUGUAAAAUAGCUACCAUAGCGCAUAGAAUCGUGGACGUUGUACCGGUACGAGUCGAGUCGUUUCGCUAGCACCGUCCAGAUCCGCGAGUCGAGUCGAGUCACUGGCGUUAUCUAGGAACGGCCCGACAAGUACAAACUUGUACUUGACGUACAGGCUGGUUCGUUUUCGUCUCGGAGCCACAAGGUGGCUUGUAUAAAACGUAAAAUGAAAUAAUUGCAAUCCAAUUC